UCUCCCUCUCCCGCCAUGGCCUACCGCGGAGGCGGAGGCCGAUGGCGAGGGGGCCGCGGCGACCUGCAGCAGCAGUACGGCGGAGGUCGGGGCGCGCCGGCGGGAGGAGCGCGCGGGGCUUCCGGCUGGCCGCCUCCGGGCGCUUCGUCGGCGCCGCGUCCCGCCGCGACGGCGCCCUGCUACGGCACGCCCGUGGUGGCCGACAACCCCAACGCCACGGGGCCGCACCAGGGCGCCUACCAGCACGGCGUCGUCGUCCGCAACCCCGCCCCGACAUCCUACGCCACCGUCCGCGCGCCUUCGCCCGCGGUCACCAUCCGCGCGCCGUCCCCCACGCCGGCCACCAUCCGCGCUCCUGCUCCGACGCCCUCGCCGGCCGCGGCCCCGUUCCAGCCGGCCCGCGUCUCCGCCCCCGCUCCCGCUCCGCCGACCCCAGCGACCGUCGCCAAGGAGCUCGAGCAGAAGCUCUUCGUCACGGAGACCGCGCUGGCGCCGCCCGCCGCCGCGGCCGCGGCGGCGGUCGCGGCGACGCAGCCCGAGGAGGAGAAGGCCCCCGAGGUGGACCUCGCGCCGGUGUCCAAGAAGGGGCUCGCCCACCCCGCUCGGCCCGGCGCCGGCACCGUGGGCAAGAAGGUGAUGAUCCGCGCCAACCACUUGCUCGUCAACGUCGCCGACAACAACCUCUUCCACUACGAUGUCUCCAUUAACCCGGAGUCAAAAUCAAGGGCUGUGAACAGGGAGGUACUCAGUGAGCUAAUCAAGUUGCACGGCAAGACAUCCCUUGGCGGCAAAUUGCCUGCCUACGAUGGAAGAAAGAGUCUUUACACUGCAGGCUCGCUCCCUUUUGAGUCUGAGGAGUUUUCUGUUACACUGGUUGAUCCCGAAAAGAAAGACAAAGAAAAGGCUGAAAGGGAGUACAAGAUCACCAUUCGGAUUGCUGGGAGGACAGACCUGUACCAUCUCCAGCAGUUCCUCAAAGGAAGACAGAGGGAUAUGCCUCAAGAAACCAUCCAAGUUCUUGAUGUUGUCCUCAGGGAGUCACCAUCCUGGAACUAUGUCACGGUGUCCAGAUCCUUCUUCUCCACCACCUUUGGUCACAGAGGAGACAUUGGUGAACGAUUAGAGUGCUGGAGAGGUUACUACCAGAGCUUACGUCCAACCCAGAUGGGGCUGUCACUCAAUAUAGACAUAUCUGCGACAUCCUUCUUCAAGCCUGUGACAGUGGUCCAGUUUGUGCUAGAGUUCCUCAACUUACGUGAUGCCUCGCGGCCUCUGACAGACAGGGACCGUGUUAAGAUAAAGAAAGCACUCCGUUGGGUGCGUGUCGAAACAAACCACCAGGAAGACCAAAUCCGAAGAUACAAGAUAACAGGGAUUACUCCUGUUCCCAUGAGCCAGCUCAUAUUUCCUGUUGAUGAGAGAGGAACAAGAAUGUCAGUUGUUCAGUACUUCAUGCAAAGAUACAACUACAAUCUGCAGUAUACUUCUUGGCCCUGCUUGCAGUCCGGAAGUGACGCUCGGCCUGUGUAUCUGCCUAUGGAGGCGUGCAAGAUUGUUGAAGGGCAAAGGUACUCUAAGAAACUGAAUGACAAGCAGGUCACCAACAUACUUAGAGCUACCUGUCAACGUCCCCAGCAGAGGGAGCAAAGCAUUCGUGAGAUGGUUCUGCACAACAAGUAUGCUGAGGACAAGUUUGCUCAGGAGUUCGGAAUCAACGUCUGCAGUGACCUGGUCUCUGUUCCAGCCCGUGUGCUGCCUCCCCCCAUGUUGAGAUAUCAUGAUUCUGGAAAGGAGAAAACUUGUGCGCCAAGUGUUGGACAGUGGAACAUGAUUAACAAGAAAAUGAUCAAUGGAGGAAUCAUAGACAACUGGGCCUGUGUGAGUUUUUCACGCAUGCGUCCUGAGGAGGUACACAGGUUCUGUUGUGAUCUGAUUCAGAUGUGCAAUAUGACUGGAAUGGUUGGGCGGCCACCUUCCAUUGAGAAGGCCUUUACUAGAUUUGGUGUUCCGUCUGUGAAAAAUAUCCCAACUAUUGUCUUUGGUGCUGAUGUUACACACCCCCCACCUGGAGAGGACUCUGCAUCAUCUAUUGCUGCGGUGGUGGCAUCAAUGGACUGGCCAGAGAUCACCAAGUACAGUGGUCUUGUCUCUGCUCAAGCACACAGGCAGGAGAUAAUCGAAGACCUCUUCAGUGUCACCAAAGUUCCGCAGAGGGGUAAUGUCAAUGGUGGCAUGAUCAGGGAGUUACUGAUUGCCUUCCGCAGGAAGACAGGCCGGAGGCCUGAGAGGAUACUCUUCUACAGGGAUGGCGUAAGUGAAGGCCAAUUCAGCCAUGUUCUGCUUCAUGAAAUGGACGCAAUCAGGAAGGCCUGUGCCUCAUUGGAGGAGGGUUAUCAACCUGAGGUCAAUUUUGUUCCUGUUGAGAAGAAACAUUACACCAGGUUACUCUCUGAGGAUCAUGGGAGGCAUGAUAUGACUGACAAAAGUGGAAACAAACUUCCUGGUCUUGUCACGGCUCAUGAAAAUAAUGGGCAGCACAUACCCAUCAAUAUAUUUAUUGAUUUCUGUCUCGUGAGUCUGUGCUAGAAAAAAAGACACUUAAAAGAGGCAGAGUAGAAUACGAAAAGCCAAGGGGGCAAAGGCAUGAAUCUCAUUACAAGCUUGUGGUACAGAAAUCAAUAAGCCCUAACUACUACUGAACCAGAUACAUUAAUAUUGUUAAAUCAAUCAUUGUCAAAUAAUAAAAAGAACGCAUAUAUAUUUUUGCCUGAAAAAAAUGCACAUGAUGCACAUGAACAUGAAAACAGACUAAAAUCAGAGAUGCUCAAACAUACCGCGUUGGAUUGGCGUCUUAAACGCAAAAUUCGUCUUGAUAAAUGGAACUAGCCAGUAAAGGUCGUUGAAUGUUGUCAAUUCUAACAUUGUUAGCAAGUCUGUGAGGAAAGGAUUCCACUGCAGAAAAGGUGCGUCGGCCCCAUUGAUUUCUGUCUGAAAGAUUUUCUUUAGAAUUUUCAAUAUCUUUUUGCAAUCCUUGGGCAAAUUGACGGCAUCAAUAUUAUAAAUAGGCUCUUUAAUUAUCACGGCCCGCCCAUCAACUACCCUAAAAUUUUUCUUUUUUAGUUGACCAUUCCAUGAUUUUUUUUUCUUAAUUGCUUUCUUCAGUUGAUCUACUACACUAAGACCAAGAAUAUUGCCCUUCUGGUUGAAUACUGUAAUAAGUUUGUUUCUCCCGGGCUUAUCUUUAUCUCGAACAAACACCGUUCGAAAGAACUUGGUGCUAUCUGUAUUCUUUUAAGUUUUGGUCCCUUUAAGCAGUACGUGCUAUUCACUGAAGACUGCUAUUGAAAAGAAACUGAAUGUUUCAAUCAAUAGUUGUUCAUUGUAUCUUGUAAGAAAGCCUAUUAACUACGGAAAGACCCUAUCUUACUAUGGCUUACGGGAUGAGUCUGUGCUUAGGAUGGAGGCAAAAUUGCUAGGUAUAGGGUUUAGUGAAUAGCACGUACUGCUUAAAGGGACCAAAACUUAAAAGAAUACAGUGCUGAUAGCACCAAGUUCUUUCGAACGGUGUUUGUUCGAGAUAAAGAUAGGCCCGGGAGAAACAAACUUAUUACAGUAUUCAACCAGAAGGGCAAUAUUCUUGGUCUUAGUGUAGUAGAUCAACUGAAGAAAGCAAUUAAGAAAAAAAAAUCAUGGAAUGGUCAACUAAAAAAGAAAAUUUUUAGGGUAGUUGAUGGGCGGGCCGUGAUAAUUAAAGAGCCUAUUUAUAAUAUUGAUGCCGUCAAUUUGCCCAAGGAUUGCAAAAAGAUAUUGAAAAUUCUAAAGAAAAUCUUUCAGACAGAAAUCAAUGGGGCCGACGCACCUUUUCUGCAGUGGAAUCCUUUCCUCACAGACUUGCUAACAAUGUUAGAAUUGACAACAUUCAACGACCUUUACUGGCUAGUUCCAUUUAUCAAGACGAAUUUUGCGUUUAAGACGCCAAUCCAACGCGGUAUGUUUGAGCAUCUCUGAUUUUAGUCUGUUUUCAUGUUCAUGUGCAUCAUGUGCAUUUUUUUCAGGCAAAAAUAUAUAUGCGUUCUUUUUAUUAUUUGACAAUGAUUGAUUUAACAGUAUUAAUGUAUCUGGUUCAGUAGUAGUUAGGGCUUAUUGAUUUCUGUACCACAAGCUUGCAAUGAGAUUCAUGCCUUUGCCCCCUUGGCUUUUCGUAUUCUACUCUGCCUCUUUUAAGUGUCUUUUUUUCUAGCACAGACUCACGAGACAGAAAUCAAUAAAUAUAUUGAUGGGUAUGUGCUGCCCAUUAUUUUCAUGAGCCGUGACAAGACCUAAAAAGGUUAAAAAAAAUCAUAUCAGUCACCUAUAAGUAAAAGCCAUUUCUACCAUGAGCCACACAAUUAUUCGAGAAAGUAAUUGAUAGUUAUCAGUUUCUAACCAGGAAGUUUGUUUCCACUUUUGUCAGUCAUAUCAUGCCUCCCAUGAUCCUCAGAGAGAUAUCCUACAGAGUUUGAUUUCUACUUGUGCAGCCAUGCUGGCAUUAAGGGAACUAGCAGGCCAACACACUACCAUGUUCUUUAUGAUGAGAAUCACUUCACAGCCGAUGCGCUUCAGUAACUGACCAACAAUCUCUGCUACACCUAUGCUCGUUGCACUCGUGCAGUCUCUGUUGUCCCACCGGCGUACUAUGCCCAUCUCGCCGCAUUCCGCGCGCGCUACUACGUGGAAGGGGACAGCUCGGACGGCGGGUCGACCCCUGGGCAGGCGGCGAUUGCGCACGAGGGCCCUGUGGAGGUGCGCCACCUCCCAAAGAUCAAGGACAACGUCAAGGACGUCAUGUUCUACUGCUGAGCUCCUGUGGAGGGAGCUGUGUGUGAGAGAGAGCCUGAGAUGGCGAUGACUCUGUUUUGCCGUGGAGCCUGUUGCUCGUAGUUAUCUUGUUCAGUUCGUAGUAGCCAGGAUAUCUAUGACUGUCUCUGUUACCUUUAACUCUAUUUGAGACCUAUCCUGUGCAAGUGGUUUAAGUUACCAAGUGGUUUUGCUAGAUGCCAUA